GAAAUGCUUGGAGCAACCCUAUGUUUUAUGUCUUCGCAUUGUAAAAAUCACCUGAAGCCCAUACAUUCUGGUGCAAGUGUUGGAAGUACAGUGUUAAGUCUUGCUGUACAUAGCUAAAGGAUGGUACAAAACAGAAAAGGGAGCGGAAGAAGACAGUGUCAUUCAGCAGCAUGCCAACAGAAAAGAAGAUCAGCAGUGCAAGCGAUUGUAUUAAUUCAAUGGUUGAGGGCUCAGAACUCAAAAAGGUUCGCUCCAACUCUAGAAUAUACCAUAGGUAUUUUUUACUAGAUGCUGACAUGCAAAGCCUGAGGUGGGAGCCAUCUAAGAAGGAUUCGGAGAAAGCCAAGAUUGAUAUUAAAUCCAUCAAGGAAGUGAGAACAGGAAAGAAUACAGACAUAUUUCGCAGCAAUGGCAUUUCAGAACAGAUAUCUGAAGACUGUGCAUUUUCAAUCAUAUAUGGAGAGAAUUAUGAGUCACUUGAUUUGGUUGCCAACUCUGCAGAUAUUGCGAACAUCUGGGUUACAGGACUUCGGUACCUAAUUUCUUACGGAAAACAUACACUUGAUAUGUUAGAAAGUAGCCAAGACAACAUGAGGACUUCUUGGGUUUCACAAAUGUUUAGAGAAAUUGACGUAGAUAGCAUUGGACAUAUAACUCUGUGUAAUGCUGUGCAAUGUAUCAGAAACCUCAAUCCUGGUUUAAAAACAAGCAAAAUUGAGCUUAAGUUCAAAGAAUUGCAUAAAUCCAAGGACAAAGCUGGUACAGAAGUCACAAAAGAAGAAUUUAUUGAGGUUUUCCAUGAGCUUUGUACUAGACCUGAAAUUUAUUUCCUUUUAGUUCAGUUUUCAAGCAAUAAGGAAUUCCUUGAUACUAAGGAUCUUAUGAUGUUUCUUGAGGCAGAACAGGGUGUGGCGCAUAUAAAUGAGGAAAUAAGCCUUGAAAUUAUUCACAAAUAUGAGCCAUCCAAAGAGGGCCAGGAAAAGGGCUGGCUGUCCAUAGACGGGUUCACUAAUUACCUUAUGUCACCUGACUGUUACAUAUUCGAUCCAGAACAUAAGAAGGUCUGCCAGGAUAUGAAACAACCUCUGUCUCAUUACUUUAUAAACUCAUCUCAUAACACAUACUUAAUAGAGGAUCAGUUCCGAGGUCCUUCUGAUAUCACAGGAUAUAUCCGAGCUCUUAAAAUGGGUUGCCGGAGUGUUGAAUUAGAUGUAUGGGAUGGGCCAGAUAACGAGCCUGUCAUUUACACAGGCCACACCAUGACCUCUCAGAUAGUUUUCCGCAGUGUCAUUGAUAUUAUUAACAAGUAUGCGUUCUUUGCCUCAGAGUAUCCUCUUAUCUUAUGUUUAGAAAAUCACUGUUCUAUCAAACAGCAAAAGGUCAUGGUUCAACAUAUGAAGAAAAUUUUAGGAGACAAGCUCUAUACAACAUCACCCAAUGUUGAGGAAUCUUAUCUACCAUCCCCAGAUGUCUUGAAAGGGAGAAUACUAAUUAAAGCAAAGAAGCUAUCCUCAAAUUGCUCUGGAGUAGAAGGAGAUGUUACUGAUGAAGAUGAAGGAGCAGAAAUGUCUCAGAGGAUGGGAAAAGAGAAUGUGGAGCAACCCAACAGUGUGCCUGUGAAGCGAUUUCAGCUUUGCAAAGAACUGUCUGAGCUGGUCAGCAUCUGUAAGUCAGUGCAGUUCAAAGAAUUUCAGGUGUCAUUUCAAGUCCAGAAGUACUGGGAAGUCUGCUCAUUUAAUGAAGUGCUUGCCAGCAAAUAUGCCAAUGAAAAUCCAGGAGACUUUGUAAAUUACAAUAAGCGUUUUCUUGCUCGGGUCUUUCCUAGUCCAAUGAGAAUUGACUCUAGUAACAUGAACCCUCAAGAUUUUUGGAAAUGUGGUUGUCAAAUAGUGGCCAUGAACUUCCAGACUCCAGGGCUGAUGAUGGAUCUGAAUAUAGGCUGGUUUAGGCAGAAUGGGAACUGUGGCUACGUCCUUCGGCCAGCCAUCAUGAGGGAAGAAGUCUCAUUCUUCAGCGCCAAUACAAAAGACUCUGUCCCAGGAGUCUCACCUCAGCUUCUUCAUAUUAAAAUCAUCAGUGGGCAGAACUUUCCCAAGCCCAAAGGUUCAGGUGCCAAAGGUGAUGUGGUGGAUCCCUACGUUUAUGUGGAAAUCCACGGGAUCCCUGCCGACUGUGCAGAACAAAGGACAAAAACAGUGAACCAGAAUGGAGAUGCUCCCAUUUUUGAUGAAAGCUUUGAAUUUCAAAUCAACCUACCUGAAUUGGCCAUGGUGCGCUUUGUAGUGCUAGAUGAUGACUAUAUUGGGGAUGAGUUUAUUGGUCAGUACACAAUUCCCUUUGAGUGUUUACAAACAGGCUACCGCCAUGUCCCCCUGCAGUCUUUGACUGGAGAGGUCCUUGCACAUGCUUCUUUGUUUGUCCAUGUGGCUAUUACUAACCGAAGGGGAGGAGGAAAGCCUCAUAAAAGGGGCCUUUCUGUGAGAAAAGGGAAGAAAUCCAGGGAAUAUGCAUCUCUGAGAACAUUGUGGAUUAAAACUGUGGAUGAAGUGUUCAAGAAUGCCCAUCCCUUGAUCCGGGAUGCCACAGAUCUGAGAGAGAACAUGCAGAAUGCAGUGGUGUUGUUCAAGGAGCUGUGUGGCCUCUCCUCGGUGGCCAAUCUCAUGCAGUGCAUGGUGGCAGUGUCUCCCCGCUUCCUGGGGCCUGAUAACACACCCCUGGUGGUCCUGAAUCUCAGCGAGCCAUAUCCCACAAUGGAGUUGCAGGGAAUUGUGCCAGAGGUUCUGAAGAAGAUCGUGACAACUUAUGACAUGAUGAUUCAAUCCCUCAAGGCAUUGAUUGAAAAUGCAGAUGCUGUGUAUGAAAAGAUCGUGCAUUGUCAGAAGGCAGCCAUGGAAUUCCAUGAACAUUUGCACAGCAUAGGCACCAAGGAGGGUCUGAAGGAACGAAAACUACAAAAAGCAGUGGAGAGCUUUACCUGGAAUAUUACCAUCCUAAAGGGACAAGCAGAUCUUUUGAAAUAUGCUAAGAACGAGACUUUGGAGAACCUGAAACAAAUCCAUUAUGCUGCUGUUUCAUGUGGACUGAAUAAGCCAGGCACUGAAAAUGCUGAGGUCCAGAAGCCACGCCGGAGCCUAGAAGUCAUACCUGAAAAAGCAAACGAUGAAACUGGAGAAUAGAGAAACUUUCUACAAAUCAUUAUGGAGUUUAUAACUCUAGGACCAAUUGUAGUCAGAUGAGACGUUUGCUUUGCACUCAUUAAUGAGAACAGUAUUUGGGAUUUUAAAGCACAACUGGAAUAGCUCAUUACAGUCUAUUAAAACUGUGAAUGUAUGUAGCAGUCCUGUGUGUGAAGGUAAAUAAACUCUUUAACAAGAAAUUAUAUUCCUGGCCAAAACAUGCUAUAUUUGUAUAAAAACAACCUUCUAAUGCAGUUCCAGUAUGAAGAACAGAUUAGCCACUUUAGUUCCACUGAGAAACAGAUAUUUUCCUAAGUGAAAAUAAUUUCUUAAGAUUGGAAAUGAUUGGACCACCUAAUUAGUAUUUAUUGCUAUAAGACCUUAUCUGCUCCUUUUAUACAUGUGUGCUUGCUGGAGUCUCUGGGUGAUGGAUCAUUUGGGGGACAUGCUUGCUGAGCCAUAAUUACUGAGGAGAAUUAAGUGGACAGCUUCCCUGCACCCCCAAGAACCUUGGCAGACCGUCAAGGAGAACGAGGGCGUGCAAUUGGACUGAAGCUCCCUGCUUGAAGACUUGUUUUAGCACAUGGGGAGUCGAGUGAUGCAACCAUCUGAAAGUGAUGCCUUGUAAAUAGUUUUUCAUUGUAUGAAGUAGUGUUCACAUUAAAGAUGUUUUA